AUGGCGAAAAUCAAGUCGAUGGAGUACUUCCGCGUCCCGCCACGCUGGCUGUUCGUAAAAGUCACCGACGAGGACGGGAACGUCGGCUGGGGCGAGGCAUCGCUGGAGGGACAUACACAGGCAGUCGAGGGAUGCUUAGAUGCGUGGUUCACCAAGUUCAAGGGACACGAUGCCGACGAUAUCGAGCACAUCUGGCAAAUGGCAUGGCGGACCGGAUUUUAUCGAGGAGGGCCGGUUUUCAUGAGUGCGCUUUCUGGAAUCGACAUUGCGUUGUGGGAUUUGAAAGGCAAGAAACUCGGCGUGCCUAUAUAUCAGCUUCUCGGAGGAAAGGUGAGGCACAAGCUCAAAGUGUAUGCCUGGAUUGGAGGCGACCGCCCCGAUGAGGUGGAGCAACAAGCUCUGGCUCGGAAAGAGCAGGGCUUCCACGCAGUCAAGAUGAACGGAACUGGAGACGUCUGCUGGCUCGACUCCCCCUCUGUCCUCGACGACGUAGUUAAAAGGAUAAAAAUCGUCAAAGGCCUCGGAAUGGAUGCCGCGGUCGAUUUCCACGGCCGCGUCCACAAGCCCAUGGCCAAACAGCUCGCCGCGCUCCUCCAGCCUCAUCGGCCGCUCUUCAUCGAGGAGCCGCUGCUGCCCGAGAACCUGGGCGGCAUCAAAGAGCUGUCUCAGCUUACAACUUGUCCGAUCGCCCUUGGUGAGCGACUGUACAGCCGCUGGGACGUUCGGCCGUAUCUGGAGGCGGGAUGCGUGGAUGUCCUGCAGCCUGAUAUCUGCCAUGUCGGUGGCAUCUCCGAGUUGAGGCGCAUCGCUUCCAUGGCCGAGACGUAUGACGUUGCAUUGGCUCCUCAUUGCCCCCUGGGGCCUAUCGCCUUGGCUGCAAACGUGCAGGUCGACGCUGUUUCGUCAAACUUUGCCAUUCAAGAGAUGAGCGUAGGCAUUCAUUAUAACAACACAGGACAGGAUAUCGAGACAUAUAUCAAGAACCCGGAGAUUUGGAAAGUCGACGAUGGUUACAUCAAGGUGCUGUCGGGCCCCGGUUUGGGAAUCGAAGUGGAUGAGGAGAUGGUCCGCAAGCUGUCCAAGGACUGUGUGCCGUGGGACUCGCCCUCCUUCAGAGGACCGGACGGCGAGAUCAGAGAAUGGUAA